UUUCGACAUAGCAGGGGAAGAAGGGUAUGAAGGCUUGAGCUCUGAAACGAAAGAAGUAACAAAGAUGAAGCAGCGGCAAAACCUUGUACUCCGUUUGGUUGCUGAGAAAAAAAGAGAAUGCGAUGAGAGAGACCAGAAGUUCAUGGCCGCAAGACGGACGCUCUUGGAGUUCGAUAUGGUAUGGAUGCAUUAAUCAGAGUUUUAUACGAGGAAAAACUUGUAUAUCUCUGCCAUAGCAUUCGUAUGCAACCAUUUCUCAAGAAAGCUCAUGGGCCUCUCGCAACCUCACUCUCCUAUUAUUCUAACCUCAUAGAACAUUGUUUCUUGCUGAAAUCCUUAGACUAUGCUAAAUUCGUCCAUGCCCAGUUGAUUAAAGUCGGCUUCAAUACCCAUACUUUUCUGGGUAAUCGCUGCCUCGAUCUGUACUCCCAACUCGGCACCGGUAAUGACUCUUUGCGAGUGUUUGAGGACAUAAUUGACAAGAAUUUAAUAUCUUGGAACAUUUUCUUAAAAGCUUUUGUUAGAUUUGGAGAGCUCGAAAGGGCGCGUGAUGUGUUCGACGAAAUGCCCAAACGAGAUGUUGUUAGUUGGAACACAAUGAUUUCGGGAUAUGUUUCAUUUGGGUUAUUUGAUGAUGCGUUCAGAUUUUUCUCAGAAAUGCAAAAGGCUGGCAUAAGGCCUAGUGGGUUCACAUAUUCGACCCUGUUGUCAUUUGUCUCAUCUGCUUGUCGUGGUAAGCAAAUUCAUGCAAGCAUGAUCCGAAAUGGUGUGGACUUAUCAAAUGUGGUGGUUGGGAAUUCUUUGAUUGGCAUGUAUGGAAAGUUUGGUGUUGUUGAUUAUGCUUUUGGCGUGUUUAUAACAAUGGAAGAGUUGGAUAUUACUUCUUGGAACUCCUUGAUUUGGAGCUGUGGUAAAUCAGGCUACCAAAACUUGGCAUUACGACAGUUUGUUUUGAUGAGGUCUGUAGGUUAUUCACCUGAUCAAUUUACAGUAUCCACAGUGAUCACUGUAUGUUCUAACUUGCAAGAUUUGGAAAAGGGUGAACAAAUUUUUGCUCUCUGCAUUAGGGUGGGAUUUCUUUCUAAUAGCAUUGUUUCAAGUGCCAGUAUUGACCUGUUUUCAAAAUGCAACAGAUUGGAGGAUUCAGUCCGGGUCUUUGAAGAAAUAUAUCAAUGGGAUUCAGUGCUUUGCAAUGCCAUGAUUUCAAGCUAUGCAUGGCAUGGUUUUGGAGAGAAUGCUUUGCAACUUUUUGUACUGACCUUGAGGGAGAACCUCAGGCCCACUGAAUUCACGCUCAGCAUUGUUCUGAGUGCUGUUUCCAUUCUCCUUCCAGUGGAUCAGGGGAGUCAAAUCCAUUCUUUGGUUGUCAAAUCUGGUUUGGAGUCAGAUGUGAUUGUUGCAAGUUCACUUGUGGAAAUGUAUGCUAAAUUUGGGUUAAUUGACUCUGCCAUGAAAACCUUUGCCAAGAUUGGUGCCAGAGAUUUGAUAUCUUGGAAUACCAUGAUUAUGGGCUUAGCUUAUAAUGGGAGAGUGAGUAAAGCCCUAGAAAUUUUUAAAGAACUUCUCAUAGGAGGUCCACCACCUGAUGAAAUUACCCUAGCUGGGGUUUUAUUAGCUUGCAAUGUCGGGGGUCUUGUUGAUGAAGGGCUGAGUAUAUUCUCCUCAAUGGAAAAGGAAUAUGGAGUCAUACCAGCAAUUGAGCAUUAUGCUUGCAUUGUGGACAUGAUGAGUCGAGGUGGUAAACUUAAAGAAGCAAUGGAUAUUGUAGAAUUAAUGCCUCAUGAACCCAGUGGUUUGAUUUGGGGAUCACUACUUUGUGCUUGUGAAAUUUAUGGAGACUUGAGAUUCACUGAGAGAGUUGCAGAGAGGGUUAUGGAGUUGGAACCACAGUCGUCUUUACCUUAUUUGGUUUUAGCUCAGGCAUAUGAGAUGAGGGGCAGAUGGGAGAGCCUGGUUAGAGUCAGGAGGGCUAUGAAAGAGAAAGGUGUUAGGAAGGUGAUUGGAUGCAGUUGGAUUGGGAUAAAAAACCAUGUUUUUGUUUUUAAGGAAAAUCAAUUAUUGCACAUCGGAGGCAAAGACAUCUAUUUUAUUCUGAGAUUACUGAUUCAGGAGAUCGAGGAUGACGGGUAUGCCUCUCAACAGUAUGAUAAAGUGAGGGCUGUGGGAGAGGUAGGAUGAAGUGAACCAUGAUGAAAGUUCAUCAUGCUAAGGUCAAUUUAUGAUCAGUAAAUCUUGUUUAUUUUCAUCUUAAAAAGGCGAAGCUGCUGAUUAUGGAAUACCAGGACUAGGCAUAUCGCUGUGCUCGUCUAAACUUGUGCUGGUGUCUAUCUUGAACUGAUAUGCUGACCUAUCAUCUGUUCUGCUAUGGUCAUCUUCUUGGUUGAAUUUGUCUAUCUAAUGUUUAUCUUGGUACUUCCAAACCUCUCCAUAGAUGAAGGACUGUAAAUGGAAUUGGUCAAAUGCUCAAAAGUGACUGUGCUUGGGAAGAUGUUGCUACUUUUGAGCAUGGAAAAAUUGCAAUCCCAGUAUGUUGCAUGGCUCAAUCUGGUAGACUAAUGUUAAAUUUUCUGUCACUUAGCAUACAAUAGAAAGGAUGUUGUAAAUUGUGUGGCGAUGAUAAUAAAACUCUUUUGGUUGAUAACUAGUUUCACUGGCUCAUUUUGUUUUGGAGGAGCUGCUAUAUUACAGAGAAGUUUGAGUGAUGGACUCUGGAUGGAGCUUUUUGGGGAUGACAAAGAUUGCAUUAGUUUGGGAGCAUUUUCUGGGAUAAAUGAGAAAGCAACGUGGUUGAAUAUUUAAACUAUAGAGUUCUGCAUCCUAUCAUGAUGGUUGAGUUGGUUCCCAAGUUCACUUUGCAAACCAAAAAAAAAUGGAAAAGAGAGAAAGAGGAGUCGGUUUCAAUGUUGAAGGAGUCUUUCACUGGAAGAACAGCGGGAUUAAAUGUUGGCAGUAAUUUCACGGAUUAACCUUCCAAUCAUGUCAAAAGCCUCCCAUAUUAAUUGGCAAUCAGAUGGUGAACAAGAUCCGAGUUUAGGUCUUUAUUUGAGGUCAGGGCGAAAUACUUAUGACUCACAAAGUAAGGAUAGGAAGCUUCUAGACUGCACCAGAAGAUACUGGCUUGUUCAACUAGUAGGAAUAUCAAGCUUGUGGCAUACUACUCCCUUUUCGGCGUGCAGUGGAUUUUGCAUUCCUCCGGAGGAAUUUAUUAGGUUGGCACAGUCCUUUUAUGGGUAAAAAAUGAAGAAUGCGCGAAGGGCUGCCCGCUUAUGUUUAAUGUGGACUCUAUGGAAGUUGAGCGGUAUGACCAAUCAAUUAAGUCUUUAUUCAUGUAUACAUUUACGAAUUUGGUUAGGGUAUAUAUAGAGGAUCACACUGUAUCUAUGAUUGAUUUUAUAGAUUGGUUGUUUGUAAAGUAAAGGGAAGUUGUCUCGAUACUACUUCGCUUUUUGGGGCAUUAUUUGUAUACUUCAUGUGUAUUGCUUUUGCCACUUUUAGACGUUUCUAAUGCAAGCCUUUUUUUACCUAUCAAAAAAUAAAAAAUAAAUAAA